AUACACAACAGCAUUCGCGCUAUAUAAGUCUUCCGAUUACAAGACAAAGUCUCGAAAUUAUAAAUAAUAGUCUUUCUUCUGCUGAAAAUGUGUUCAAAUCUGAAGACUUAGAAAAUAUAAAAACUAUAUUAAACGAUGUUAAUAAAUUGGCGUAUCCUAAUAUAUCAGAUUCUGAAAAAUCUUUAACCGAAAAUACAAAUAUUAGAUUUUUAUCAUUUAUCGGAGAUUCUAUGACUUUUGAAAACCUUGGAAACCAUUUUAGAAAAUUAUCUAUUGAUCCUAGUAAUUGUGAAGAGAGCGCUGAGAUUAAUAGUUUAGCAAAUGAGAUAAAAACUACGGUUGAAAAACUAAAAAAAGAAAUCGAAAACUGGAAAUCCAAAAAUAUUGGCUGGGGAAGAAUUCGAGGAAGAAUCACAAAAGCUAUAUUAUUUGCCAAAUUUAUUUCUAGAGAGAUUACUGAUGAACGACUUCUGGAGACAAAUACAAUUAGAGGAAGUAAACAACAUAUUAUUCAAAACAUUUAUCAACGGUCUGCCAAUAAUUAUGUCAAAGUUGCGGAAAAACCAGUUGGCCAAUUUAGUAAUGAACUUUUAAGAAAUUUAAGAAAAGAAAUUUAUUUUAUGCGAAAACUUCGCGAAUGCUCAAAUAUUCUUGAAUUCUACGGGUAUCGUCGUCGACCCACAGGUCUCACCGUAAUUUUACAAUGGGCAGAUUUCAACUUAGAAACUUACCUUAAAGAGCAUAAACUUAAUUUAAGUGAAAAAAUAUUAAUUGCGCGUGGAAUUGCUAAUGCAUUGAAUUAUUGCCAUGAGAAAAAUAUUUUGCAUUACGAUAUUAGAACGUGGAGUUCACCGGAAAUAAUUCGCGGUGAAGAGUACACUAAAAAAAGUGAAGUAUACAGUUUUGCAUUAGUUAUGUGGGCGAUUGGAUCUCAAAAAUUACCCUUUACCAACUUAAGAGAGGAAGAAAUAAAAGACAAUAUACUUAAGGGAGAAUACCUAACUUUUUCAUCCAAGCACGAUGAGAUAUUAAGCGAAUAUCAGAAAAUUUUUACAAAAUCAUGGCACCAAGAUCCAUCUCAACGUGAUAGUAUGAAGACAAUCCUUGAAUACUUGAAUCGAAUAGAAAUUGUAAUUUUUUUGUCUGAAUGGGAUAAUGAUGGCAGUUUUCAUAAUAUCACAAAACAAAUGAAUUUAGGACAUGGUAUUAAAAAUCACGAAAAAAAGAAACAUAAAAAUGCGUGGGAAGCGUUUGAUAAUUAUCAUAAGCAUAAACCCGACGAUCCUCAUGCAAAUUUUUGGGUGGGACUUUAUCAUCUUAAAGGAUAUCAUGUUGAUAAAGAUGUUCAAAAGGGAAUGGAAUUACUCAAAAAAGCAUCUGAGUCACAACAUCCAGAAGCACAAUAUUUGUAUGCGUUAACAUUGCUAGGUAGUCCUACGGAGUUUGAGAAAGACAGUUAUGCGAUCGCAAUGAAAUAUUUAAGAAAAUUGGCAUUACAAAAUGAUUAUUUGGCAUUAAAUAUGUUAGGAAAAAUAUUACAUACUGGGAUUUAUGGUCAAAGGGCGAAACCUCUUAUAGGAGAAACAUUGAUUAAUAAAGCUAAUGAUAUAAAAAUGAAAUGUACAAAAAAAGAUUGUUAG